AAAUAAAUAAUUGGAGUGGGUUUUCUUCCUUGACUGUCACCAGCGCAUUAUAGCACACCACACAAAAAAGCAGAGAGAGAAAGAAAGAACAACUCUCCCUCACACAACACAACCCAUUCUCUCAACACAUACUUUCGUUUCAUUCUUUCUUGGUAGAUGAGUGGUGAGUAGUUACAAUUGAAAGUUUUUUAAGUGAAGAUGGCGGCGUCCGUUGGCGUGGCACCGACUUCAGGUUUUAGAGAAGCCAGUGGUCAUGGUGAAAUUGGUGUUGAUGAUAUAUUGCCAGAGGAAAUGAAUGAUAUGAAAAUUAGGGAUGAUAGAGAAAUGGAAGCCACGGUUGUUGACAGCGGCAAUGGAACCGAGACCGGACAUAUUAUUGUGACUACUAUUGGUGGUAGAAAUGGCCAGCCAAAGCAGACUAUAAGCUAUAUGGCAGAGCGUGUUGUAGGACAUGGAUCAUUUGGAGUUGUCUUCCAGGCUAAGUGCUUGGAAACUGGUGAAACUGUGGCUAUCAAGAAGGUUCUUCAAGACAAGAGGUAUAAGAAUCGGGAAUUGCAAACAAUGCGCCUUCUUGAUCAUCCAAAUGUCGUCUCUUUAAAGCAUUGUUUCUUUUCAACCACCGAAAAGGAUGAACUAUACCUUAAUUUGGUACUUGAGUAUGUUCCCGAAACAGUUCAUCGCGUGAUUAAGCAUUACAACAAGUUGAACCAAAGGAUGCCAAUGAUUUAUGUGAAGCUCUAUACGUACCAGAUCUUUAGGGCAUUAUCUUAUAUUCAUCGUUGUAUUGGUGUCUGCCAUCGGGAUAUCAAACCUCAAAAUCUAUUGGUCAAUCCACACACCCACCAGGUUAAAUUAUGUGACUUUGGAAGUGCAAAAGUUUUGGUUAAAGGCGAACCAAAUAUAUCGUACAUAUGUUCUAGAUAUUAUAGAGCACCUGAGCUUAUUUUUGGAGCAACUGAAUAUACUACAGCUAUUGAUGUCUGGUCUGUUGGUUGUGUUUUGGCCGAGCUGCUGCUUGGACAGGUUGGUAGCUGUUGGUGUAAUAUCCUACAAUUUUGUAAUUUAGUACAUUUAAUUGAAAUAUUUAUUUGCUUUUCCCAGCCGUUGUUCCCUGGCGAGAGUGGAGUUGAUCAGCUCGUUGAAAUCAUCAAGGUUCUGGGAACUCCAACAAGAGAAGAGAUUAAAUGCAUGAAUCCUAAUUAUACAGAAUUUAAAUUCCCUCAAAUUAAAGCACAUCCAUGGCACAAGAUCUUCCAUAAGCGCAUGCCUCCAGAAGCUGUUGAUUUGGUAUCAAGAUUAUUACAAUACUCUCCAAACCUGCGGUGCCAAGCUUUAGAUGCCUUGACCCAUCCUUUCUUUGAUGAGCUUCGUGACCCGAAUGCUCGCUUGCCGACUGGUCGUUUCCUUCCACCACUAUUUAACUUCAAACCUCACGAACUAAAAGGAAUCCCAGUCGAGACCUUGGUGAAAUUGGUUCCAGAGCAUGCAAGGAAGCAAUGCCCGUUUCUUGGCUUGUAAUAUGUUGUGAAAUGUAACAAAAUUGCAAGUGUUGUAUCCGUAUGAAUGCUGUGCAUUCAUUCUAUUUGACGAUAUGAUAUUUAUUAGUAUCUUUGUUGUAUUCGGUUUCCCUGUGAAAGAAAAUUUAGAGAUAUAUGCUACCCAAUAUUACCCAACCCCCAAAGGGUAUUCAGAAUACCCUGUUUCUUGUACCACAGCAUAUUGUAACAUGCAAUAGAAGACAGGUGUAUGCAAUUAUCUAAAUGUUGUAUCACUAUUUGUAUUUGUGGAGAUAAUGACUGGUUGCUGCUUAAUUUAGUUUUGCAUAGCAUUGUUAUUGGAAGUUUCAGUUAUGUCCUUA